GCCCCGCACUCGCCGCCAUACCCUCCGCGCCGCGAUCUGCUGGAUGCGGACAUGUUUGACCGGCCUGUCCGGGGAUAAACAUUUCACGGUAUAAGGUAUUGAACGAGGCCAGGGAAGCGGCCAUCGUGUGGAGAGACAAUGGAUGCCGUUAACGCUUUUAAUCAGGAGCUUUUCUCCUUGAUAGACAUGAAGCCUCCGAUUUCUCGAGCCAAGAUGAUGUCGAUAACCAAAUCGGCCAUAAAGGCGAUUAAGUUAUACAAACACGUUGUCCAGAUUGUUGAGAAGUUCAUCAAGAAGUGUAAGCCAGACUUGAAAGUCCCGGGACUGUACGUGGUGGACUCCAUCGUCCGGCAGUCGCGUCACCAGUUCGGCGUGGACAAAGACGUGUUCGGGCCCAGGUUCACGAAAAACAUAACGGGGACCUUUCACAACCUCUACCUGUGUCCCAAUGAAGACAAGAGUAAGAUCGUGCGGGUGCUGAACCUGUGGCAGAAGAACGGGGUGUUUAAGAUCGAGAUCAUCCAGCCGCUGCUGGACAUGGCCGCUGGUGCCAGCGCCUCGGGAAUGCCCGAUGUACACUGUGACAUCACAGAAGCAGGGUCGCCCGCCGCAGACGUGAAGGUGACCUCGGUAGCCCCGCCCCCCGGGAUGGCGAACUUGGUGGCCCCGCCCCCCGUGACUGCAAACUAUGUGGCCCAGCCCACUUUGACAGUGAACUCGGUGGCCGCGCCCCCCGUGAUGGGGAACUCCGUGGCGGCCGCCAUUCCACAGCUGCAGAACCCGGAGGCCUUGGCCGCCAUGGCUCACCUCUUCCAGUCCUCUCAGGGCCAGCAGCUGCAGCAGAUUCUGCAGAACUUCCACCAGCCCGGGAAGCCCCAUUCCCCAGCGCUGGACAACAGUGCGAUGGCCCAGCUGCAGGCUAGUGCCAAUGCUGCCGCCGCCGCCAUCGCCCAGCACGGCUUCGCUAGCGCCCCGCCCGUCGAGCAGAAGACCACCUUUGACAAGAAGCUGCUCGACCGCUUCGACUACGACGACGAGCCGGACGCGGCCGAGGAGGCGAAGAAAGAGGAGCCGUCCCCCGCCGCGGCCCCCCCAGCUUAUGGGAUUCCUGAAGGCACACAGCUUCCGAUGCAGCAGCCGGUGUUUCCCCAGGGUCCCGCACAGAUGCCAAACAUGGAGCACUAUCAGUCCCACACAGCCGGCCUGCCCCACGGCCUGGCUCACCAGGUGCCCCUCCCUCCAAACGGGCAGCUCCAGACGUGCGGCCUGGUCCCCCCCCAGCCAUACCCAGGCAUGAUGCCCCCCAUGGGGCAGCCUGUCGUGCCACAGCAGGUGGGGGUGGGGCCCCCGGGGUUCGUGGGGGGGUACCCUCCCCAGAACGAGGCCUACGGCCAGCAUAUGGUGCAGCAGUCUCAGGGAGUCUCCAUGGAGAUCGAUCAGCCCAUGCUGAAGGAAGGCAGGCAUCGAUUGGACGGCAGGAGGUCCCGGUCGGGCUCCAGGUCCCCGCGGCGCAGGAGGUCCCGGUCCAACUCGCGGUCCCGGAGGUCCCGGUACCGGCGGUCCCGGUCGCGGUCCAGGGAGCGGAGGCGCGGCGGCGGCUCCCCCCGCUCGCAGUCCCAGGAGAGGGGCGAGCGGGAGAGGGAGCGGGAGCGGCGGCAGAGGGGCCUGCCCCGCAUGAAGACCGGCACGCUCAGCGUGUGCAGCACCACGCUGUGGGUCGGCCAGCUGGACAAGAGGACCCAGCAGCAGGACGUGGCGUGCCUGCUGGAGGAGUUCGGGCAGAUCGAGUCCAUUAACAUGAUUCCGCCCCGGGGCUGUGCCUACAUCGUCAUGGUGCACAGGCAGGACGCCUUCCGCGCCCUGCAGAAGCUCAGCCGCGGGCCCUACAAGGUCAACCAGAAGACCAUCAAGAUCGCUUGGGCCUUGAACAAAGGAAUCAAAGCGGAAUACAAGCAGUACUGGGACGUGGAACUGGGCGUGACCUACAUCCCCUGGAACAAGGUCAAACCGGACGACCUGGAGAGCUUCCGGGAGGGAGGGAUGCUGGACGGUGACACACUCUGUCCAGAGUGGAAGGGCCUCCUGGGUGUGGACAUGGAGAGGUCCGGGGAGCGCGCUCAGAACGGAGGCCUGGAGCCCGCGCACGCCGAAGACGCCGCCGCCGCCGCCUCGUCCCGUGCGCAGAUGCCGUCCGUCCAGCCCGUGGGUGUUGUCGGGGCCCUUCACCCCCCCUCGUACCCCCCUCCCAUGGGCCUGCCGCCUCCGUCCUUCCCCCCGGGGGUGCCUCCACCGCCCCCUCCGCCUUUCCUCCGGCAGGGAUUCAACCCCAUGCAGAUGCCUCCAGGCUUCCCCCCCCCAGGCGGAAUGCCCCCCAUGGGAAACACGGGGCCCCCCGCCCCCACCCCCGGCGUCAACAUCCCCACCUCAGCCGUGCCUGGCUCCUCAGGGGAAGCCCCCUCUAAGGACUCCAUGGGUGGGAGUUAUCCGCCCCCUCCCUCAGGCGGGGGUCCCAGGAACACCAGCGCGCCCGUGGACAGAUUCCCCGUCCCGGGACCGAACCAGGGGGUCAGCGGCAACCUCCCUGCCCCCAUGUCCCAGCCAAUGGCCAACAACCAGAUGGGUCCAGGAGGUCCGGUGAUGAGCCCGCAGCCUCCCACGGGAGGUCUGCUGGGGGCCCGUCCGGGCAUGAUCCCCCUGCAGCGCCCCCCGGGGGCACCUCCGCCCCACAUGCACCGCUUCCCCCCUCACCCGCCCCGCCCCAACAUGCCGCCCAUGCCCCCGCCCAUGAUGCCCCGGGGGCCGCCCCAAAUGAUGCACCGAGAACCACCCCCUGGGGGCUUCGGCAUGCCCCCGCCCCACCCCAUGAGAGGACCCUUCCCCCCUCCGGGACCCCCCUUCAUGAGGGGCCCCGAGGGGCCCGACGACUGGGAGGGCCGGCCGCCCCGAGGCGAUCGGCCGGGUUUCGGGCGGGACAGGGAGCCGGAGCGCUUCAGGGGGCGGCAGCCUUACGGCCGGGGGGGCGGGGAGGGGCGGGACCACUACGCGGGUCGGCACGAGGAUCCCGAGCAGCAGGGGGGGUGGGACCGGGAGCGGGACGGCGGCAGGGACUGGAAGCGGAGCCCCGAACGCGAGGAGGGGGGUGGGGCCCCGCACUGGGGCGGGGGGCACAGGGAGCGGCCGAGGGAACGCAGGCCCCGCGAGAGGGUGUCGCGCUGGGACACGGACGGGCCCAAAGAGAGGGUGGGGGGUGAGGCGGACGCCGCCGACGCUCAGCACAAGCCCGCCAGCGGCGAGGCUCCCUCAGACUCUGGUAAAGAACCCGUGGGGGCGGAGCCUCCUUCGCAGCACUCCACAGUGACUGUUGAGCCACAGCCCUCUCCACCAAUGGCGAGCACAGAACCCACAGAGAAGUCACAGGAGGCGGAGUCAUAGGGACUAAAAACUCAGAUACACGGUCCGUGGUCAGAAUGUGAGAACGAGCAUUUUGGCAGUUGUGGAUUCGCUACCCUGGGAACCACAGUGUCCCAGUGUCGAAUGUUGUUUAAAAAAUUUAAAGAAAAAAAAAAAAUACUGCUGUAUAUAUGCUUUUGCUUCUCCUCCCACUUGUUUUGUAUUUUUGGAGGGAGUGUUUUGCCGUUAGCUUUUUUUUGAUUCACACAAAUACAGAAGAAAAUUUAAUCAAAAACAAACACAAGGCCGUUUUUUCUGUGCUGUUUUUAACUUUCGAUAUUUGCAAGGUUUAGGAAAUGAGGUUUCUAUCAUUUUUACAUUAAAAAAGAUGAAACAAACAUGCAAUGAACUUCCAGCGUUUAGAGCUUUAGGGAUUUGUUUUUAAUAAACUAUUUUCAUACCAUAUGCGUUUCAUUCUUAACAGUUUAAAUGGUUUUGAUCCCAUUUUCAGCAUUUUUUUUUACGUUGUCAGAGUAAACCGUUUUAUUAGUUUAUCAACAUUGGUUGAAAUAUACAAUGCAGAAUAGCAUCCAGUGAAUUAGACAGCAGUAUCAUCAACAUUACUAGUCAAUUAAUCCACUUGUGUCAAAAAUGAGAUUUAAAACAUAUUGUGGGCAGUCCAGUUGUACAAAGGUCAGUUUGUCCUGAAUCCUAAUGUUUGGCAAAUUGUUUUUUUUUUUAUUUGUUUUUUUUUUUAACAGCUUGCUUUUCAGUUUUCUUGAAUUUUGGUUUAAUGUCCUUGUGUGUCGAUUUAAUACACUUAUCCCCUUCUCUCCCCCAAGACUAACCCUAGGGGGCAUACAGCAAUCCCAUGAGUCACAGCUACAAGGGGAAAAAAAAGUGCAGGUAUUUGUGGAACAUUGCCAAAAUAUGAAGAUGCAUAAUACAAAUCACAUACCGUGUCUUAUCUACAUCACAGGUUUGUCAGCUUUUUUUUAAAUGUUUGUAUAUAGUUUUCUGGGUUGUAGGUUUUUUUGGGAAUGAUAUAAAUAUUCGCAACAGGAUAUCUCCACUUUGACUGAUGUGCCUGGUUGAGGUUUUCGAUGAGCUAAACCUGUUGAUUAGAAUCUACCGUUUUCACCUGCUAGGGCACAUUGGUAUAUAGCUGACUGUGGCUGUAUGUCUGUCUGAUCGCCUUUGUGGGUUUGAUUACCUUGGUUUCUGAGCCCAUUCGUUCUUUGGCUGUACUCUGGCUUAUUCUCCCAUAUUGUGCUCGGCUCUCUGUUGUGGCGUGAAAACCGGUGUCUUAACCAGGAGAUGUGAGGGGGCGGAACACCAGGACAGAGAACCAGGAUUUACCGGAUUGCUUGCCUGCGUGGGUUAAUAAUUCACUCUGGCUUGUUUGUGGUGUGCGGUUAUUCCAGGUGGGUUUUGACCAUUGAGAGUAAUAUUACUAAUAUUUCAGUUUUGCAUGAGAGCAAAAACAACUCUUAUCUAAGGGAGAACACAUGAUGAUUCUGCUAUGUUGCUUGGUGUAUUGCGCAUACAUUUUCAGUACCAAGCUAUAUCACCCACAGAAAUGAAUAUGGACUUAUGUAACAAAUCUACUGUAAAUUUACAUAAAUCCGGGUACCCACAUGUGCCCUAUAUGCGCUCUCAUAAUUAUUGCAUAGCGUCUGAUUUCUAUUGAUUUAUGGACUGAGCAGCCAGUGAGUGUGUAUUUCAUUCAUAAUACAGUCCUUUGCGGAUGUGGCCCUGGUGACAGAGAUGAGUCUCCCCUCUCUCACACUGAGAGCAGGGAGGUCUGUGGCCUCCCCUGUUCUUUUUUGGGUCAUAGAUAAUGGGGUCCCCCUCAGCCCAAAAAAGUGCCACUGGAACACAGUCGCCCCACAGCAAUGCAGCCUCACUGGACCCCACCUCUGGGAGGUCCCAGUGUGCUUAUCUGGCCCUGCUCAUUCAUUGGCCAGUUUGCAAGGUCCCCAACUAUGGGAGCAGCGGGGACUACGCCCACAUCCCUGCCCAGGCCCAUGCACUCGCAUAGGGUAACGGCACCUCCACCUGCCAGUCUGUCAGCCCGUGGCUGUGGUCUCUUCCUGCAGGAGCAGCGGAGAUGCAAGUGGUGUCCUAGCGAGAUGAGCUGUGCUCCAUCAUCAAGCUAAUUUCCCUGCGCAAACGGUGGCCAUCUCAGAAAGACACUGGUUACAUUUCAAACAAUGAUCCCCAGAGUAUGGUGAUGGAUAUCAGCUUCUGCUCACAACACAGUAUCUAAAGAUGCUGAAUCCCUGCUAUCAGACAUUUUGUCAGACACAAAAGGUAGUGUUUUCCAGAGUGGUGCACACUGAUGGUGCACAAUAGGUUCUACUCCAUUUCUUACCAUAGCAGCACACACCAGCCUAUCCUACAAUGGUGGAAACUGAACCAGUAUCAACAGAUUCUACCACCUAAAAUGUUGUGCACAGCAAACAUCAACCAGCAGGUGGCAGUAUUGGAUCCUCUUUUCCACUUCCCCUCUGCUUUGCCACACGGUAGAUACGACUACCCUCUGCAUGAAUUAGCUUGCAUGUAAGUGCAGUAAAAUCGCAAACUAAAUUUGCAAUGUGAACACUUACUGCUCGUUAACUUUUUGGGUUGGUGUUCAUUGGAGAAGACUACAAUAAUUCUACAAUAAGACUACAAUUCCCCAACUUCAGAGGUCAGGAGGCAUUGGCCAGUUGUCCACAGGGAAUGAAAUUCAGUGCAGAAUGGUGAUGAACAAAACUGUCCUGAGCCAGGAGGAAGCUCUUAUGCUGUCAGGUAUUUUAACCAUUUGAAAAGUAGAUGUUUUGAAAUGUUUUUUUUUUCUCUCUACAAUUCCCUGUCAGUGCUUUAUAACGCUGUUGCUUUCAGUUACCGGUAGUGAUUGUUGCAUCACUAAUAGAAUGUCCAGUCAAGAACAUUCUAAUCACAUAUUUUGCCACCAUAAAGGGUUAAUCAGAAGUUAUGUGAGAGCAAGUUGGCUAUGCUGUCUUUUUGAAAAGGGUGAGAAAAUGGUGCAGGUUCUGAAUCUUUAUGGCAUAUUGUUGUGACUUCAAGAAUGGUAUUUAACCUGAACUGUGUACAUACCCAGCUAUUGAGAUGGGAAUUGUGGAAGAUGCUAUCUGAGUGUCCCCAGCUAAGGGCUUUUGUCCAAAAAAAAA